AUGGAGCCACAGGAAGGAAGGAAAGGGAUACCAUCUCUGCUGUCCUCGCAGGGGGAGUGCAUUGCCACCAACAUCACACAGCUCAUUGGUUGGACACCACUGAUAGAACUGAGAAACAUCACUGAGAAAGACAGCAUAGGUGCUCGGCUGAUUGGGAAGAUUGAGCCGUACCAGCCCCUUUCCUCUGUGAAGGAUCGGAGUGCUCUCAGAUUGAUUGAAGAUGCAGAGGAGAAAGGCUUGAUCACACCUGGCAUCACAACACUGCUGGGGGUCACAAGUGGUAAUCUUGGCAUCGGCGUGGCGUUCAUUGCUGCUCAGAAAGGAUACAAGUUCAUCGCCCUCAUGCCUGCUAAACUCUCGCUUGAUAAGCAGAUACUGAUGCGAUACCUUGGCGUAGAAGUGGUAUUAGUUGAUGCUGUACAGCAUGGAUUCAAAGCUUUACUUGAUAGGGUAGAACAGAUGAAGAAGGAUGUGGAAGAUGUGUAUGUUCUAGAUCAAUUCACCAAUCCUGCAAAUCCCGAUGCCCACUUCAGAUGGACUGGACCUGAGAUAUGGAAAGAUACAGCAGGCAAAGUGGACAUAUUUAUAGCUGCUUCAGGUUCAGGAGGCACCAUCACAGGCGUGGGGAGGUAUCUCAAGACGAAGAACCCAUCUGUAAAAUUAAUAUGCGUUGAACCAGCUGAAAGUCCAGUGAUUUCAGGUGGCGAGCCAGCCUUCCACAACAUCCUAGGAAUAGGGCCUGGUUUUGUCCCAGAAAUAUUGGAUAGAUCCCAGAUAGAUGAAAUUGUAACAGUAACUACUCAAGAAGCUAUGGACAUGGCUAGAAGAUUGGCAAGGGAAGAAGGAUUGCUUGUUGGCAUAUCUUCAGGGGCAAAUGCAGCUGCCUGCUUAAAGGUUGCAUCAAGAGAGGAGAACAGGGGAAAGAUGAUUGUGACAAUGUUUUCCAGUGGUGCAGAGAGGUAUCUGAACUCGGAGCUCUUUGCGCAGGUUAAGGAAGAGUGCGUCAACGUCAACAUGACCUUCUGA